CCAUGUCUGUCGCCCACGUCCCUCCCUAUGCACUGCACACAAUACUCACUCACACGCGAACCGACGCUCACGGACACACACACAGACGUGCACGUGACGUAGAUAUCUACACGCGAAGAAGGUCAAAUCUAGUUGACCAGUCAGUUAACUAGUUCCUGAGUGCGGCUCUGGCCUUGUCCAUGACCUCCUUCUUGAUGCGCGGGUAGUUCUCGUUGAGCCUGAGCACCUUCUGACACACGCUGAUGGCCUCCACGUGACGCUUCGCCUUCAAGUAGUUGAACGCCAACCUAUACCUAACAGCACCCACACAACACAGCACACACACACACACACACACAAAUGGACACACACAUGGAUGGAUGGAUGGAUCGAUGCACCCUCCCCUCCCUCUCUCGUGUGUGUCGUGUGUGUCGUUCCCAGGUACCUACCCGACGGUUGGUGCGUUUUCGUUGGACAGUUCCCAGGCCUGUUCGUAGUGUGCGGCAGCGUCCUUGAAUGCGGCUUCCUUCUCGUAGAUGAGCCCCAGCUGCUCGUACGCCUUGCCGCACGACCGGUUGUGGUCCUUGGCCUUCCUGCACAGAUCGGCCGCCCACUCGUGCUUGCCUUGCUGCAUCCCAUGCCAUCCACUCAGCCAAGCCACAUUGAUCAGGUAUGUGAAAUGGGGUGGGUGUGCGUGGCUAUGGAGGUAGCUACCUGUAUGUGUAGGUCUGCGAGCAGCAGCCAGGCCUUCUCAAACUCCUCGGCAAACUCCGGAUUGUACGCCUGUCGACCGAUGCAGUGCAGACAGAUGGCAGACAGACAUCACAGCACAGAUCCCAGGCAGGACGCUCGCACGCUCUGACUGACCUUUUUGGCCAGCUCGGUGAUGCGCUUCAGCUGGUUCCUGGCCUUGUUGUGCUGAGCCCACGCACACACCCAAUGCGCACACACACACAGGCACAUAUGAAGCGAACAGAACAGGUGUGGUGUGCCCUUCCACUCCACACACCGACCUGCUUUUGCAUGAUGAGUCCGUUGGACAUGGCGAGGAGUGCCGGGACAUAGUCGCGGUAUCUGUUGUAUGUGAGCAGCUGCAGCAGCUGCUGAAGGGCGCGCUCGAUCUGAGACUUCUGGCGGGUCGCCAUCAACACCUCAGCCUAUAGAACACACGCACACAGAGAGAGAGAUAUAAGAGAGUUAGAAUUAGACUGCUGCCGCGCCCGCCCAUAUACCAACCUGGUAUAUUUGAAUGCGCAUGUCCCGUGUGCUCUUGGCGCACUGCUGCAGCUCCGCCAGAAGACCCUCAACCUCCCUGUCGACACACACACACACAAAUACACGCUGCCAUGUGAUUGUUGGUUGGCUGGCUCACUUGACGGUCUCUGCAUUGACGGCGAGGUCAGCGUUUUCGAGCUGGUCGAGGCCGCCGCCCUCAUCGCCCCGCAGGUAUAUCUCCACCAUGUUACGCAGACACUGGACGCAUACACAUGACCCACGCAGCACAACAGACAGACAGACAGACAGGCAGACAGAAGACAUGGGGCACAGAGGCAGGCAGGUAGGCACUCAGUCAGUCACCUCUUCUCGAUAGUCCGGGUCUCUCCUGGCGUAGUUGAACUCCUCCAGCGCCUGCUGCGCCUUGAACGUCCACCGGUAAUGAAUCCCACGGCAGUAACGCAGCCCUACACACCCACCCCACCCCACACAGACAUCACAGUACACACACGUCCCCCAUCCCACCAACAGACAGACAGACACGCACACACCACACGCACCCACCUGGUUCCUCCUCAGGGUCUUUGGUCGUGGCACAGGCCUUCUCCGCAUUAGCGAGGUACUUUGGCGCGUCCUUGAGACGCCCCGCCCGCCGCAGCAGGAACACCAGCUUGCUCAGAGCGGCGUACUGGUCGGGCUUGCUCUCCAGCAAGCUCUGGUAGUAGAACAGGGCGUCCUUGUACUCCUGCGCCCCGCCGUCUCCCUGGCGCCCCCCCUGCCCGGCGAGGGUCAUCAUCAGAUCAGCCAUCAUGACGGAGGCCUCCUCGUUGGCGGGGUCGAUGCGCAGGAGGGUCGCGAGCUGCUUCUCGCCCUGGUCCAGCUCGCCUUUGGAGAAGUGCAGCUUGGCCAGGGCGAGGUAGCACUGGGGGUAGGUGUCGUCAUGCUUGAGGGCGUCGUGGUAGUAGCCUAUGGCCACGUCUAGACGCCUGAUCGACGUACGUCCAUUCCACAAAAGGACACAGACACACACAGAGACAUGGACGUGUCUCGAUGAGUGAGUGGGAGGGUGGGGUGCUGUGCUGCGGUGUGGCGGACAUUCAGACCUGUCUCUCUCUCUGAAGUACUCGCCCAGCUGGAAGUUGAUGUGUGCCGCCUCCGUCUUGAGCGCCCUGGUCGUCUCCUCGUCCACACUCGGCACACUAACCGACAAGCACCGACAACACAAUGCCCUCCCCCAUCGGCCUACACCCACACCCACUUGGCGAGGGCCUGGCCGAUCUGCUCCCUGGCCUCCUGCAGCGCGUGCACGGCAGCGGGGACGGCGGCGUUGGGCUGCGGGGCGUCUCCCGUGGGGCUCUGUUGGGUGGCGCCGGGUGCGAGUGCGUCGGCCUUGGCCUGAUGGACCUUGGACAGGUGCAUCAGUGUCUGGAUGUGGCUGCGCUGUGCCUGCAGGCUGGCGGGGGACGACUUGCCCUCCUCGGCAGCUGACAAGUCAACACACACGACACGACAAGCAUGAACCAUGGAGGCGCCUCGCCUGAUGUGCGCCGUACCUUUGGUACGUGCCGUCUGAAGCUCAGUGACCGCGGGAUCCCACCUUAGAGAAAAACCAUGGAUGCAUGGAUGGAGCCAAUCCCGAGUCUCGCUCUCACUUCUUGAGUUUGAGGUAGAAGCUGGCGAGGUCGUUGCGGAGCUCUGUGCGUGAGGGGUCCCGCUGCAGGGCAUCCUUGUAGUACUUGACGGCACGGUCGUAGUCGUGCGUCUGCACCAGAGCGUUGCCAAUCCGCUUGAUCAGCGUCGUGUCCGAGGGGCUCUUCUCUAGCGCCUGCUGAAACGCCGUAAUGGCGUCACUGGGCUCCUGCAGACACACAGACACACAGACACACAGGGGGCGUCAUGGUGUGUGUGGGAGGAGGGAGGAGGGGGGCUGGGAGGAGUGCGUGCCUGUAUGGCCAUGAGGGCCUCUCCGAGUGCGAGGUAGUUGGCGAGUGUGGGCUGGUGUUUGAUGAGGUCAGUGUAGCACCGCACGUACUGGCGCUUAUCCUUCCGGUGCUUCAGGUAGAUGCUCCCCAUUGCCAUCUGCACACUCGCCACACACACACAUACACACAGAGGGACAACGAACGUAGCCCAGCCGCCAUUGCGUGCCUCCUUCCUUCCAUCUCACCUUGGCAGUGGCGAAGUGGGGGCUGGUGGGCUGCAUGGCCUUGAGCAUGUUUAGGGCCUGGUCCACCUCGCCCCUCUUCACAGCCAACUCAGCAUUCGUCACCAAUAUCCUAUAUCCGCAGCCACACAGACACUCUCUCCCAUAUAUCCCAUGGAUCCCACCGCACCGCCUCUCAGUGCAGUGCCACCUCACCGCCCUCACCUGACUUCCUCAGGGGUGCCUGCAAACUCUGCGAUGGCGUCCUGGAUGACCCUGUUGGCGUCGGCCACCCUGUCGGCCUUUGUGAGCAGCUCGGCCAGCAUCACAAAGAUGGUCCCACGGUCAGCCGUGCUCAGCGGGAUGUUGGUGCUGCUGCCGCCGGUGCGUGUGUGUCCUUGGCCAGAAGUGGGGGCGGCACCAACUGCACGGACAGACAGAUGGGACAGAUGAUGGAGAUGUGAUGACGUGUGUAGGUACGUGCCUGUCUUGAUGCCCGGGAGCUGCAUGGCCUCCUCGAGAAUGCGGAUGGCCUGCUCGUCGUCACCGGCGGACGAAUGCACCUACAUGACAUCACACCACAUGACAUGACGACACACAGCUUGGCUUGCUGGCGGACGACAGACAGACAGACGUGUGGCUGGGCUGCAUCGGGAGGGUCAAUCAAUCGCCUAGGUGGGCCCACCUACCUGUGCUUUGAGCAAGUGGAAGAUGGGCUGCUGUCUGACGGUGAAGUCGUGGGAGAGACCUUUCUCCAAAUACUGCAGGGCCAACGUGGGCUGGUCCUGCUGGUGAUACAGCCUGCAUUGCAUCCACACGACACACACACGAGACGACCGCACACCUCUCUCUAUCUCUCUCUCUCUCUCUCUCCCCCUCUCCCUCGCUUUGCUCACUUGGCCAGAAGGAGGUAGCCGUCAGCGUUGGCGGCGUCGAGCUUCAAACACUGCAGCAAUAUCCGCUGCGCAGCGUCGUUAUCCUUCAAUGCGAUCCUCGCCUUCGCCAAGAGUAUCUGUGCGACACCCACACCCACCCCAAACCGUGUCGAGAGACAUAUAGCCUGCCUCUAUGCCUCUCCCGGCCCACCUGAGCUGGAAUGAGCCCCGGCACAAAUCUGGUGAGCGUCUCCAGGACUUUGAUGCCCCUCGACAGGCUCUGCGAUGGCUUCUCCCCUCCCGCACCAGGGGCAGCGGUCUGCUGCUGCUGCUGUGGGACGGUGGACGCGGCAGUGGCAGUGGCUGUCUGCUGCAGGUACUCCCUGGCUAUCUCGAGCAUAAAGUCGGCAUUCAGCUUGAUGAAGAACUCGUACCCACUCGCAGCUGACAUCCGCAAUGAACGGCGUGUGUGAGUGUGUGUGUGUGUGUGUUGGGGCGGGUUGCCGAUAUGGUGCCUGUCUACCUCUGAAAGUGGUGAUGUGCAGGGUGAGUGCGUCGUUGAGGUGCUUGACGGCCGCCUCGCUGUCGUGCCGCUUGCGCCAGGCGAUCAACGCCGUCAUCAAGGCCAACUCUGCCGACUUGCAAACACUACCCUGGUUGAUUUGAUGCAGCAGGGGCCAUGCGGAUGGAGCGAGGAGGGUCGAUGCGCGCGCGUGUGUGUGUGUGUGUGUGUACCUGUAUCUCGUGCAGGAAGUCCAGCUGUUCCUCAGCCUCCGUGAGGUUGCCCUCCUCGAUGCGGCAGUGGAGGAUGCCCAGCAGCGGACGGACGUCGGAGUUGUCCUUCUCUAUCGCUUGCUACAUGAUUGAUUUAAGAAACGUCCUCACACACACACACACACACACACAAACAAGAGCUUCUGCUGCCUGUCUGUCAGUGUGUAUGCCGGUGUGUGCAUGUCUGUCUGUCUUUACGUGGUAUGCCUGUGCGGCGUCGUUGAUCUGUCCCAUGAGCAGCUGUUGGUACCCCAGCUCCGUCAGAUACACCGACGUCACGCGCCCACCCAACAUCUCCAUCGCACGACGCAGCUGCGGUGGCCACCGCACACACACACACACACAGACAUACGGAUGCGCUGCUGCACUAAAUGGCGCGCUGGCUGGCUGGCCAUCCAGGCCCCCGACCUCCCACCAUGCUGACAGUGACGUUGAUGAUGGAUCUGUCCCUGCACGCGAGGCGCGCGAAGAGCUGCGAGCACGACAGCCACAGGGCGGGGUUCCGCGGCUCCUGUGUCUGCAGACACUGCAUAACAUAACGAAGAGACAGACAGACAGAGGCAGAGGAGGGAGGGAUGGUGUGUGUGAUGGUGUGUAGUGGUGUGUGUGUGUGGUGUGUGUGUGCAUGCAUCUAUCUACCUGCACGAGCUGCUGGAGCUGCUGUGCAGCGGUGGACUUGCGCGCCUCGACAGCCAGCGAAUAGAGGAUCGACAGACGCAACGUCUGGACAGCAACGCCAAGCCACGACCAGUUCAUUCGGUUCAUUCGGUAAACAAGUGAUGAUUGAUCUUCUUCUUCUUCCGUUCACCCACCUCGAUGUUGUCAGCCUCUAGCUGCGUGAUGCGCUGGGCCGUCUCCAUCGCCUGUUCCCUGACAGCACAGGAAACACACACACACACACAGCCAGCCCUGGUGGGAUGGGAUGUGGACACACACAUGCCGGCCCGGCCGCACGUACCAGUCUGCUGUUUGCAUGAGGACUUUGGCCUUCUCGAUCAGGCCGGGGACGAACCUGAGAUGCAAGCAGAAAGCAUGGCUGGUGAUUUAUAUAUUCCUGGUACAGCACACCCCGCUCACCACUCGAACUGCACCACGACCUCGUUGACGAGAUCCAACGCCUGUUUAAACAGAAAUCAGUUAUAUGCAUGACGUGGUGGUAAGUAGCUGCGCGCUGUGUGCUUUGCUUUGCUUCCGUUCCUCUCCCUCCCUCCCUCCCUCCCUCUGACCUGCUGCCACUGCCUCUUUGCCUCUGCCACCUUGACGCGACCCAUCAAGGCAUCCACGUUCUGUAGCAAGCAAUACACACACAACAAACAAGUCAGUCGAUCCGUUCGCCAUUUGACGAAUGAUGACCGACCGACCGACCGACCUGUUUGCCACCCUCGUGCGCGGCUGCGGCAUUGAAGGCCGCCUCGCACUUCUCUAUCACCGGACCCACGGUUUUCGACUGCACGCAUUAACGGCGCAUAGAGAGAAAGGGAUUGUUUGCUGUGAGUUGUGGCCUACUUACCGAGCUGAAGCCUCCCUGGCUCUUGCCCGCGAGAUACUCCACCCAGCCCUGCCAGCCAUAACAGAGAAAGCCACACAUGUCUGUCCGUCCGUAUGGAUGGUUCUCAUUGGUGCCCGCCCCUGACUGACCUUGGUGGCGUGCGCUACAGAGGUGGGGACGGAAUCGAGCACCCGCUGCACGUAUUGGCGCGCAUCACCGAAUUGCUGACACACCGAGGGGUGGAGGGAUACACACAUAACACAUAACACACCAUACAGCACACGCGAAGGGUUCCUUCCUUUCUCCAUCCAUCCAUUCGCCCCCCCUACCUCAGUGUAGGCAUUGAAGAGUGCCGCCAUGAGCAGGGCCUGCACGCGGACACAAACAAGGUGGGUGGCAACUCAGUGGAACCAUGCAUGCCGAGAGGUUCUCGUGCGCGUGUCCAGGUGUGUGUGAGUGGCACGGCACCCACAUGGUCAGUGGCCGAGCCGACUUCUCUCUUCAUCGCCGCCUUGAGCGACUCAACCGCAUCCUUAUGGACAGACAGACGGACAGACAGACAGACAGACAGGCACGUGUCGGCCCGCUCAGCUCAAUGACAGCCUAUCCAUUUUCGCUGACCCUGUCAACUUUUUGCGCCUGUUUGUGGUAGUAGAGGAGUGCCGCCGUGGCCGGCAGCGCCACCUCCCGCCGGUGCACUAUCACGUCACACUCACGCAGCGCCUCAUUCACCGAACCUGCCAUGCACGACACACACACACAAAAUGCCAUCUGUACGUGUGUUGUGUUAUGUGUGCUUCGGUGCGUCAUGCAUGCCGUUCCCUGACCCUCUUUGGCCAUCCCCAGCGCCCGCCAAAAGAUGAAAGAGGCCUCAUCGCGGGUGCCCUGGGACAGCUCCUAACCAGCAAGAAGGACAAAGAGGGAAACGACCAGCGAACAGACUUUGUUUUGACGGAUCUGCGCGGCGCAUCGCCUCUUUGUGGUUGUCACCUCGUUGCAGACCUCCUGGAUCUUUCGCCAGUAGCCCUCCCGCGCGAAGUAGUGCAGCAUGCACUCCGCCUGACCGGACAUGACGCUAUGCGAUGGACAUUCGUCAGAUCUCUAUGGACGCCAUCAGAUGCACCACUACCUCAACACAACCGCGACAUCAAGGGGAGUGAUC